GAGAGAGAGGGAAAGUUGGCAAAGAUAAAGUGUUUACAGAUCAAAAAUAAAUUACGCUUCUGGCAAAAGCUUUUACACAAUAGUUAAUGUUUCCUGGGGUGCACUCUUCUGAAAGAACGGGAAAUAACAACAGGAGCUUUCCCCACUGUAGAGCCUCCCUGAUAAUUGACGUGUGCAUGUGGAAGAGAAAGAGAAGGUAGCUGUAAUUAAUACCUCUGUGAGAGACCGUGAAUCGGGAGGCUAAUCCGAGAACAGGGAGCCAAAAAUUUCCUCCUCAAAUAUUUAAUUGAAAUUGCUUCAGAAGUGAGGGUGAAGGGAGGCGAGUGAGAAUGAAGCGCUAAAUUAAGUUCACACCUGACUCUCGUCUGCUGAUUGUUUAUGUUCUUGAUUUAUAAUCCGGGAGAUGCACACCUUUAUACAGAAGUCGAACCUGAUGAUAUACAAUGUGAAUUCCUAGCUCGGGAAUGGAAAAUAUUUGUUUCCGAAGAUAAAAAUACCAUCAAAGUCUUGUAGAAUUCCGACUGUCAGUUUGAAAAAAAAUCCUCCUGCAGAAAUUGAAUUUGUUUUUACUGUCACCAUGCUUUUUAACACAAAUUGCGUUUUUUUGGUAAAGAUUUUCUGUUAGACUGACCAGGUUUCAGAUUUGUUUUUAUUGGAGCUAAUUAAGUGUUUUUGUGAAUUUUUCUGGACGCUAUGUUUUCUAGAUGGAGAGAGACUACCCUCUAUAUGAGGCUAGCUUUCGUCAGUUUUGUUCUGGGUUUUAUUUUGUAUGUGAUCGGAUUUUCUACCUUCUACUGGGAGUAUCUCCAAACAACGAAAACUUCAACUAAAGUCGUAGGUCUGUGGAAGUACCUGCUGGAGUAUAAAUACACCAAUAAUGUCCAGGAAGCGAGGGAUUACCUCAGUCGUGCACAAAUACCCAAACAUUUCUUUAACUCUGGCUGGUUUCGUCUGACACAAGCUGUGGAAUGCCUCGGUUUGAUAUGUAUGGUUGUAGCCCUUUUGAUACUUCUCUUGUACUUCUUCGUGUCUUCGUGUAAACAGAGGAAAGCUCUUUAUGCCAUUAUCUUAUUCACAUUUCUGUCAGUUUUAUUUAUCGUUAUUGGCAUUGCUGUUUUUGGCGGGAAGAUGGAUAAGAUGGGCUACUCUGUCGGCUGGUCAAUGGGACUCGCCAUUGCUGGCGCCAUAUUGGCAUUUUUUGCAGGGAUAAUGGAAGUUUUAGAACUUCGAUAGCUUUUCUUUCUUUCAACGAUUUUUGUGCCAAAGUAUGGAUAAGGGAAGCUUCCCUUUGUGAGAAAUCAGAUCCAAACCAUUCAUUUUAGACUCUGCAGACGUCUUUUGAGUCGUCAUUACCAGCAAAACUUCCCUAAAUAUUAUUUAUUUUACUGUAUUUAAAUACUUCAUUGUGCAUUUGAAUGUACACUGAUAAGAAUGCACAUGUUUAUUUGUAUUACGCUCUGUAUGUGUUUUGUAUGUUGUAAAGUCGCAGUUUUGAGAUAACUUAAUAAUUAUGUAUAUAGAAAAUAUUAUCAUAUAAUAUUUUUUUUUAAUUCAAUUUGUUAUUUAUUUAUUAUAGUAAUAUAUUUACAGAAAAAAAAACAUCAAGUACCCAAAUCUCCGCAUUUUUUAACCAAGUGUUCAGAACAGUGGCGUUAAAAUAAAAGCAAACAACUUGG